AUGGCAAAGGCCAUCGCCGCCGCGGCAGCCACGGCAGCCACAAAAAGGACGAAUUUUGGGGAGUUUCUAUUCCUCUUGAGCUACGACGUCUUGCCCGGCAGCCUUCGCAGACACGACAUUCUCGACGAUUUCCUUCGUCUCUGCCGAAGCCGUCUCCCAGAAGCACGCCACUAUUGUGACCAUCUGACGCGACAAGGACACGGGACAAACACCCCACGAAGCAACACCUAUCCGCCACACCGAGUUAACAAUACCCAUGAAAAAUUACAGCCUGCGAGGAAAUAUGUUGGACGAAGUUAA